GUGUGGAAGUGUUCUAGAGCUGCUUUACCUACCCAAUCAGAAUGAACGGCCAGAUGCUGAAUGGUUUCCACGAUGAGCUCAUCGACGAAGGCAGCUUUCUCUUUACCUCAGAGUCAGUCGGGGAGGGGCACCCUGAUAAAAUCUGUGACCAGAUCAGUGAUGCAGUCCUUGAUGCUCACUUGAAACAAGACCCAGAAGCCAAAGUCGCGUGUGAAACUGUGGCCAAGACUGGAAUGAUUCUUCUUGCUGGUGAGAUCACCUCCAGGGCAUCUGUGGAUUACCAAAAAAUUGUACGAGACACAAUCAAAUACAUUGGCUACGAUGACUCCUCCAAAGGAUUUGACUACAAGACUUGCAAUGUGCUAGUUGCUUUGGAGCAGCAGUCGCCUGAUAUUGCACAGGGGGUUCAUCUGGACAGAAAUGAAGAGGAUGUGGGGGCUGGAGACCAGGGUCUGAUGUUUGGCUAUGCCACUGAUGAAACUGAAGAAUGUAUGCCUCUGACUAUAGUUCUUGCACACAAACUAAAUGCCAAAAUGGCAGAGCUACGUCGCAAUGGUACACUGCCCUGGCUUCGACCUGACUCUAAGACCCAGGUGACUGUUCAGUAUAUGCAGGACCGUGGGGCUGUAAUCCCAAUCCGUGUACAUACCAUUGUAGUUUCAGUGCAGCACGAUGAGCACAUUAACCUAGACGAAAUGCGUGAUGCUCUUAAAGAACAGAUUGUCAAAGCUGUGGUCCCUGCUAAGUAUCUUGAUGAUGAUACAAUUUACCAUAUGCAGCCAAGUGGGCGCUUUGUGAUAGGUGGUCCACAGGGUGAUGCUGGCCUUACUGGGCGCAAGAUUAUUGUGGAUACUUACGGUGGAUGGGGAGCCCAUGGUGGUGGUGCCUUCUCUGGCAAGGACUACACCAAAGUUGACCGCUCGGCGGCUUAUGCUGCCCGUUGGGUUGCAAAGUCCCUGGUUAAGGCUGGACUGUGUCGUCGUGUCCUUGUUCAGGUUGCUUAUGCGAUUGGAGUUGCCCACCCUCUCUCUAUUUCUAUUUUCCACUAUGGGACCUCUCAGAAAAGUGAGAGGGAGCUGUUGGCUGUUGUCAAGAAGAAUUUCGAUCUUCGUCCUGGUGUCAUUGUCAGGGAUCUGGAGCUGAAGAAAUCCAUUUAUCAGAGGACUGCAGCCUAUGGUCACUUUGGUAGGGACGGCUUCCCUUGGGAAGUACCCAAAAAGCUGGAGUAUUAAAAAUGUUAGGCUUUUCCUCCUCAGACCCACUGGCGUUAUAUACAGAGAAGCCUGUAGGAUCCUGUGGGAGGAAAAGGCCCCUUCUAACACUUUCUGUCAUUUUCUUGGCUCACUGUAGUGUCUCCAGUGCCAUGUUGUUCUUCUACGAGGGGACCAUAUAUAAUCGGUCUUCCUGCCUGUUCCUUCAGUACCAAUCUGAGGCCGUGUCUGUCAAUACUAUUUCUGGCAGAUUUAUGAUUCCAAUAGCCUGAUACCCCAUACUUGUCAAUCCCUGUUUUCCCACAGUUCCAGUACUUCCCAUUCCCCCAGUAUUUCUUGUUUGUGUCAAACCCAAACUCUGCAAAAAGCAGCCUUUUUGACAAUCUAGUUACCUCCUGUAUGGCUGGAGUGUAUUAAACAAUUCCUUGUAUUGUGCACUGCCCCUGAGCGGAACAAGUUUUAGUGCAGACCAUUUGCUCCUGGUAUGUAUUUUCACUCCAAGAGGCUUCCCCCCCCCCCCCCGCCACAAUGCACAAUCCUCCUCUCUGCCUGUUUUUUUAACAUUAUUUAAUUCUGCAAGCCUAGUGAAGUGUCUUCUAUUUAUUUCCCCCACCUCUGCAGCUGGCUGGUGUGGCUACAGAGAAACCAGUACAGAGCAGAGGAUAUAGACACACACGCUUUCAUGCAGGACAGGGAGUGAGUUCUUACUUGAAGAAAAAAAACUAACUAUUUAUUAUGUUGCUAGGCUCAGGCGUAAGUACAGAGUAGCCUUUGCCUGUGGUGACUUUUUUUUUUAACACUUGAUCCUGUAAUAAGUGGUUCUCCUACUCCAUGUGCUCUCUGCCAGCUCAAGGUGUAGUACAGAAAAACCUUGGCUGCAUUCUGCAGAGGUCCUGGCUGUUGUAAAACAUACCUACCUUCACUCGGAGCUACAGCUGCAGGGAAGCUGACCAUUACCAGUGUUGUACAGAGAAACUGGGUGUUUACAAGCUUUCCUUGAAGAGGUUGCUUUGACUGCAUGAGGUAGCACAACCACUUCCCCCCCCCACCUUUUUUUUUAUUUUAAAACUAUUCCAAUGUCUCUGGCUCUUCAGCAGAAGAUUUCAUGAAUAAAGUAUUAGGUUCACCCUU